AAUUCUUUCUCUCUCUCUUGGUAGCAUAGCCAUAGACGGACGGAGAGAUAUAAGUGAGUGAGAUCUGAUGCUUCCCAAUCUGAUUAUUACAAUCUAAAACCUAGAUUCAAUUCCUUCCUUCACAGAUUCUUCAUCUUCUUCUUCUUCUUCUUCAUGGCGAACGCCGCCGAUUCCAUCCCUCCUCUCGCCGCUGCUUCUAAGAUGAUGAUGAUGAAGGAAUCUUCUAACACGACGCCGAUUAAUGCAAGGCUCGCGGACCUCAAUGAGUCGAGACAAGAUCUUACUUCGAAAAUUCAAGUGCUAAAGCAGGAUCUACAAAGUUUGAGAUCCAACUUAGACUCUCAAGUCAAGACCUACCGAGAAGAACUCUCCAAGAUUAAAAAUUCAGUCAAUGUACAAGUUAACCAACUUCGUUCAGAAUUUCAACAAAUGAGGACCACACUACAAGAUCAAGAUCAAGAUCAGCAGCAUGAGGAUUUUGCCACCAACUUGAGGAGGACCUUGGGAGAAGGAGGAGGAGGGAUUAAGAAAGAGGAUGAUGAUCAAGAUAUUAGCAAUCUUAAGCUUCAAGGUAAUGGCACUACCCCUUAAAAGGGAGAUUAUUACCGAUAAGUAGAUCAAAUUCCCUCUAUUCUUUCUAUAAAGGAUAUAAUGAUUGAUUGAUUAGAAAUAAAGGAAUUGUGUAUACUUUUCAACAUUUUAGCUCAUAUUAUGCUGCUGCUCUUGCUUUAUCCCACAAAAGGAGGAAAAUUUGAAGGCAUUAUUAUUGCAUAUUAUUCAUAACAAUAUUAUAUGAGAUAAAAUACAAAAGAGUCAGUGAGUGAGUGGUAAUGCAUCACUUACUAGUGAUAGAGGCACAAAAGAAAGGAUUCUCUUCAGUAAAGAUAUAUAUAUAUAUAUAUAUAUUCCCAUCAUGAACAUCAUGGGGUUGGUUGGUUUGUUUGUUUGGGCAAAUAUAUUUUU